UAUUUUUUGGGGCGCUCACAGCUGAGACGCGUUUAUCCAAGGAGCUGGGUCUCACGUGAGCGUUUUGGUAUUCUGAAUGUUUUUGUUGUUUUAAUCUAAAAGUAUGGACCGACCCAGCAGCCUUCGGAGACUUUUCUCGGCCUGUGACGUGAACAAGUCCGGUAACAUAGAGCUGGAGGACUUCAUGGCGGUCUGCAGGGAGCUCAGCGUCCCUGAGACUGAAACCCAAAGGCUGUUCGAAAAGUUUGGUGCGUGUGAAGAUGGUUUAAUCGACUACGAACGAUUCUGCUCAAAGUUUCAGGAGGUUUCAGAGACUCUGGAUCUGGCGUCCUUUUACGCAGGGGCUCCCCAAACCCCGUGGGAAGAGUUUAUGGGCAGGAUGGAUGCGGCGGACUUCCUCCUCUCUGAAAGUCUCAGGGAGCAGCUGGCUGAUCUUUACCAGGCCAUUCACUCCUCUGCAAACACAGCAUUUCUGCAAACAUACGAGGAAAUCAUCUACUCUUUUGCAAGCCAGAGCUGGGAGAACAAGCUGGAGUGUGACCAGCUGGAGACCAGCUUGAAAAGAGCUGAAGACAUAAAUAGCAGUCAGCUGGCUGAGCUGGAGGAUGAUAUUCAACAACAGCUUGGAAGAACAGAGGAGCGAGUGAGAAACGAGGAGCGGAAGAAAAUGGAGGGAGUCAUGGCAACAAUGCGGAGGAAGCACGAAGACGAGGUCGCAGACUUGCAUGCCACAGUUGACCAACUGUUGAAGAAUCAAGCAAGUUCGGGACUGAACGAGUCCAAGGAGGAGGUGCUCAAACUGAACAACCAAAUUACUGAUCUGCUGCAGCAAAAUGAGCAGCUGCGAGGUUCUCUGCUGCAAGCGCGGACAAACAUCUCCAUCCUCCACUCUGAGCUGGAUAAGUUGAAGAACAUGUACACAGACCAGAAGGCUCAACAUGACAGAGAAACUGAAGAGUUGAAGAAGAUGGUUGUGGAAUAUCAGUCGUACGCCAGUCAGAUUCAGAUCCUACAGGAAAUGAAUAAAAAGCUGUAUGACAGUAAUGAUGGGCUGCGCUCCGCUUUAGCCGGUCAAGUGGUUGCAGCUAAGAGAAGGCUGUCUCCCCAAAAUGAAAUCCCAGCUCGAAGAAUGAAACCGCUCCGACAGAGCACGCUCAACCACGGCAGACCAGAGCAUGAUCCUUCCAUCUCUCGAGUGGCCAUCUGGGCUGAUCAGUACCUGGACAGCGGGCUGUCCCUGCCGAUGGACACGGCUGAGAGCGAAUACGAUAGCGAUGAUAGCAGGAGCUCAGUGGAAACCGUUCACCACAGCUACUCCUAUGUCCCCUCUGAUGUAGAGAUAUCUGAGGUGAAAUCUGAGGCUGCAGUGUCCGUGGCUCCCAGCAGAGCCAGCUCCGUAGCUUCAUCCCUGCGAAGACGCCUGUCUGCCUUUUCCAUGAAGCAGUUUGAGGAGGACAUUGCAGAGACCAAAGAGCCGAGCCCCAUGUACCGUGUGGUUUUAGCCGGAGACGCAGGAGCUGGAAAGUCCAGCUUGCUGUUGCGGCUGACGCUCAAUGAAUUCAGAGGAGACAUUCAGACGACGCUGGGUGUGGAUUUCCAGAUGAAGAGGAUGCUGGUGGAUGGAGAGACGACAAGUCUGCAGAUCUGGGACACAGCUGGCCAGGAGAGGUUCCGUAGCAUCGCCAAGUCCUAUUUCCGUAAAGCUCACGGAGUCCUGCUGCUCUAUGAUGUAACUUCAGAGAGCAGCUUCCUGAACGUCAGAGCAUGGGUUGAUGAGAUUCAGGAAUCCACCGAUGAGGUCGCCCUGUGUGUUGUUGGAAACAAGGUGGACCUCCGGGAGCAGCUUCCAGCAGGAAGCUGUGUCAGCACUUCACAUGGGGAGCAGCUUGCCAAGGCUUACGGUGCUUUGUUCUGCGAAACGAGCGCCAAAGAUGGGACCAACGUAGUCGAGGCUGUGCUUCAUCUGGCAAGAGAAGUGAAGAAAGUUGGUAAUCUGAGGUGUCGGUCAGAAUCUCGAGUCAAACUGAAUCAAACCAACCCAAAGAAGACUUUUAACAGCUGCUGUGGACGAUAAACGACUGAUGUUUGUACAUUUUCACAAACGAUGAAGGACGAACAACAGAAUCCUUUUGUUUUUUUUUUUACUUUGGAAGAUUUCUCUUUUAAGCGUUCAUACAGCUCGUUCCCUAUUGAAAUCAAGCAGCUGUAAAACUACAUUGUACAAAGAAAUGCACAUAUUUUCAAAAUGAUUUUAAUCUAUUUUUAGAAGUAAAUUAAUGAAAUAAAGAUGCUUAACAAAUGUUUGAGAUCGUAAAUAUUUUAUUUUUAUCAGGCUUUUUGUAUUUUGUUCAAUGCACUGUCACCACUUAAGACCACAUUUCUUGCACAUGUGCCAUUUUUAGUAAAUUUUUACACUUUAUUGUAGGCAUGUUUUUUAUUUUAACAUUUGUACUUUUUGAGCACUGAUCAAAGUUUUUAGAUCCGUUUUAUUUGCAUGUUUGUAGAGUUUUAACAAAUUCUGUAGCAGAUUUUCAGACAUGGACAGAAAUGCACUUCUUUACCCAAAUAAAGGGAGAAAACGA